UAGUGAUAAAAAUUCCCCAAAGUUUAACUGUAGAAAGAUAAAAGUGAUAGUGAAAGUGAUGCUACCCUCACCAUAUCACCCGGCAGCCACGGCAAUGAAUGACUUGCAUUUAGGUCGUCCCGAUUAUUUGUGUGCAAAUAAUCCGUCGGUAGCUGCAUUGUUGUCAGAUAAUAAUGUUGCGGCCGCUGCUUAUUACUACCAACAAAUGAAUCCCUUCCUGCGGAUCAGCAACAAUUUUUGGACAAUGCCAUUGUCCUUCAUACAAACUUCACAUCGUCCGGAAAAGCCACCGUUUUCCUAUAUUGCUCUAAUCGCAAUGGCCAUAAGCAGCGCACCCAAUCAGCGUCUAACACUGAGCGGCAUCUACAAAUUCAUCAUGGAAAAAUUUCCUUACUACAGAGAAAACAAACAAGGAUGGCAGAAUUCGAUUCGCCACAACUUGUCUCUAAAUGAUUGCUUCGUAAAGGUGCCACGUGAUAAGAACACAAUUGACGAUAAUGACAGCUCGGGAAAGGGGAGCUACUGGAUGCUAGACGCUUCAGCUAAUGAUAUGUUUGAGCAAGGCAACUACCGACGCCGACGUACGCGGCGCCAAAGGCAUUGUAUGAGAAGUUCUAGCAGCUCAGAAGACAACUAUCACCUUGAACAAUCUCAAACAUGCGAAAGCACGAUUGACGAAUCUUCUGCCAUAUCUCGAGGCAAUCUCAACAUUUUUUGCGGCAAAAACCCAGGUACGAUGUCUCUAAACUACUCCGACCACAUCACAGAGCUACACAGACAGUAUCUGGCUUCGAUUGCGCCUUUUAAUAUACUCUUUCGGAAUGAAUCACCAUCAGCAAACACCAGCUCAGCAUUACCAACGCAACAGCUUAGCAGCCAAAGUGAAUUACCUCUGCGAAAUGUAUCCAAUUUUAUGCUUGGUACAAGUCAAGAAACCAGCAGGAAUUCAUUCCGGGACUUGGACAGUUUUGAUAUCUCAGGCGGUGCUUACUCUAAUAGCAACAGUUCCGUUGACAGCACUAGGCAAGCAAAUUCAUUUUCGCCAAGCGCCUUUACACCAAUCACUCCAGCUCGAAAUUUGCAGCAAACAACACAGCUAACUCCGCCGCCUUUGCCGUUACAACCAAAAGCACUCACUUCCGCUUUCACCAUCGAGAAUAUCAUAAAGAAAGACUGAAGAAAUACGGAAUAUAUGUAUGUACGUAGGAACUGUAAACUAAGUUGACAUAUGCCAAAAGAUUAUUAUAUACUUACUUGUAAUUAUGUGAUAUCAAUGCAAUAAAAUAGAAUAAAGCAAUUUAAAAGUAAAAAUUACAAGUCUGAUUAUUAGUUAAUGGAAACUAGCGUUCGCUCAGCGGUUGAAAUCACUGC